AUGGCUAGCCCCACAGAUCCACAGGCUCAGGAGAACUUUUCCGAUGUCAGAAAGGUGGGCUAUCUAAGGAAACCUAAGAGCAUGCACAAGAGGUUUUUUGUGCUCAGGGCUGCCAGUGAGUCAAGUUUGGCCCGUUUGGAGUAUUACGAAAAUGAGAAAAAGUGGAGGCAUAAGUCUGGGGCCCCAAAGAGGUCAAUCCCUCUAGAGAGCUGCUUUAAUAUCAACAAGCGGGCUGAUUCUAAAAACAAACAUUUGGUUGCUUUGUACACGAAGGAUGAAUGCUUUGCAAUUGCUGCUGAAUGUGAACAAGAACAGGAGGGUUGGUAUCAGGCUCUGGUGGAUCUUCACAACCGUGGUAAGACCCACCACCAACACCAUAACCAUGAUGGUGCAGUCAAUGGUGUGCAUGAUGGCUUAAAUGGAGAUGAAGUUUAUGGGGAGGUAACUCCUCCCGGACUAGCCUUCAAAGAAGUAUGGCAGGUGAUCAUGAAGCCCAAGGGUUUAGGGCAACUCAAGAAUUUAGUUGGUAUUUACCGCCUGUGCCUCACCAACCGAACAAUAAGUUUGGUGAAACUGAACUCGGAUGCAGCAGCUGUGGUAUUGCAACUUAUGAAUAUUAGGAGAUGUGGGCAUUCAGAAAAUUUUUUCUUUAUUGAAGUGGGUCGUUCUGCAGUCACGGGAGCUGGUGAAUUCUGGAUGCAAGUGGAUGAUUCUGUAGUUGCUCAGAACAUGCAUGAAACCAUACUAGAAGCUAUGAAAGCUCUAAGCGAUGAAUUUCGGCCUCGGAGUAAAAGUCAGUCUUCAUCUAACUGCUCUAAUCCUAUAUCUGUACCUCUUAGGAGGCAUCACCUUAAUCAUCCACCACCCAGCCAGGUAGGGCUUAAUAGAAGAGCUCGUACAGAGAGUGCUACUGCCACAUCACCUGCUGGGGGUGCAGCAAAGCAUGGAUCAUCCUCUUUCAGAGUCCGGGCAUCUAGUGAUGGCGAAGGAACAAUGUCAAGGCCAGCCUCCAUGGAAGGUAGCCCAGUAAGUCCCAGUGCAAGCAGAACUCAGUCACAUCGGCAUCGGGGUAGUUCUCGACUUCACCCACCACUUAACCAUAGUCGGUCUAUACCAAUGCCAGCGACUCGCUGCUCUCCUUCAGCUACGAGCCCUGUAAGCUUGUCCUCCAGUAGUACAAGUGGACAUGGUUCCACUUCUGAUUGCAUGUGCCCUCGUAGAUCCAGUGCCUCCAUUUCUGGUUCCCCCAGUGAUGGUGGUUUUAUUUCUUCAGAUGAAUAUGGGUCUAGCCCAUGUGAUUUUAGAAGUUCCUUUCGCAGUGUAACACCAGAUUCUAUGGGUCACACUCCACCAGCUAGGGAGGAAGAGCUAAAUAAUUAUAUUUGCAUGGGCAAAUCCAGUAGUCAUCUCCAGAGAGGCCCACAGCAGAGGUACCAGCCAAGUCGAGGGGAAGAGCUGACUGACUUUGACAAGGUUUUUAGAAAGAGGACUCACUCCUCAGGAACAUCUCCACCUACAGUUUCACACCAGAAGACGCCAUCACAGUCAUCUAUUGAGGAAUAUACAGAGAUGAUGCCUACUCAUCCUGUGCGUUUAACAUCAUUUAGGCAUUCUGCAUUUGUACCCACCUACUCUUAUCCAGAAGAGUGCCUAGACCUCCAUUUGGAGGGUAGCAGAGCUAACCACAAAGAUGAUGGAUACAUGCCUAUGUCACCUGGUGUUGCUCCUGUGCCUACAAAAACAAAUGACUAUAUGCCUAUGAGCCCUAAGAGUGUGUCUGCCCCCCAACAGAUCAUUAACCCCAGAUGGCACUCUGCUGUAGAUUCAAAUGGUUAUAUGAUGAUGUCACCCAGUGGUAGCUGUUCUCCAGAUAAUACCAAUUACAGCAAGAUAUGGACCAAUGGUACCAAUCCAAAGUUGUCCAUAGAUAGCAUUGAGGGCAAACUGCCUUGUAGUGACUACAUUAAUAUGUCUCCUGCUAGUGGCUCCACUACAAGUACGCCUCCAGACUCUUAUCUGAAUUCUGUUGAAGAGUCAACAAAGCCUGUAUAUUCAUACUUUUCCUUGCCCAGGUCCUUCAAACAUGUUCACAGGAAAAGUGAAGAUGGCAAUUUGCGCAUCUCUGCAAAUUCUGGGCAUAAUCUAUACACUGAGGACUCUUCCUCCUCUUCCACAAGCAGUGAUAGUCUAGGGGGUCAAGACCCUCAGCAGCCUAGAAAGGGAGAGGGCUGCAUUCAGGGGAAGAGAUUGACUAGACCCACCAGGCUUUCAUUGGAAAACAGCAGUAAGGCCAGCACUCUGCCCAGGGUGAGAGAACCUGCUUUGCCCCCAGAGCCAAAAAGUCCUGGGGAGUAUGUUAAUAUAGAGUUCAAUGACAAGGUAUUUUCUGGGGGCUUGGUGCCUUCCAUGUGUUCCCUUCCUUUUGUGCAGAGCAGAGUUGUGCCUCAAAGGGAGAACUUAUCUGAAUACAUGAACAUGGAUCUUGGAGUUUGGAGAGCUAAAACAUCCUAUGCUUCCACUUCAUCAUAUGAACCACCCAACAAGCCGGUUAGCUCCGUGUGCCCUACUGAAACUUGCAGUAGUAGUCGACCACCCAUUAGAGGGAAGCCAAUCUCACGAGACUAUAUGAGCAUGCAACUUGGUUCCCUGUGUCCUGAUUACAGCCAAGUCCCACCUACCAGGUUAAGUGCCAAGUCCAUCACUCUUUCUUCUAGUAAAAGUAAUUAUGCAGAGAUGUCAAGUGGCAGAGUUUCUGAUAAUAUUCCUGCUAUUGCCCCAGCUUCUAACUCCAGCCUAUCCGAAGCAUCUCGCUCUUCUCUUUUGGGCCAGGGCUCUGGCCCCAGCGCCUUUACUCGGGUUAGUCUAAGCCCAAACCGUAAUCCGAGUGCCAAAGUCAUCAGGGCCGGGGACCCACAGGGUCGGAGACGGCACAGCUCAGAGACAUUCUCCUCAACUCCUACUACAGCCAGAGUUACUACUGGCCCAGUUUCUGGGGAGGAUGUCAAGAGACACAGCUCUGCCUCCUUUGAAAAUGUGUGGCUUAGGCCUGGAGAGAUUGCCAGGAGAGAUUCCCUUCAGCCUUCUGAUCACACACAUAAUGGCCUGAAUUAUAUUGACUUGGAUCUAGCUAAGGAUUUGAGUAGCCUGGAUCAUUGCAACUCCCACCAAUCUGGCGUAAGUCACCCAUCAGAUGACCUAAGCCCAUAUGCCAGCAUCACUUUCCACAAGCUGGAGGAGCAUCGGAGUCAGGCAGAAACAGAAG